GCAUUUACCUUUGCUUCAACAUGGUUCCAGUGGGUAACAUUUUAGUCUCAAUUUCAAUGCUGGAUCGUUCUCCAUUUUCCACAAAUAAAAUUUCACUCGCAGCACACGGAUCGGAUCAGCAGUAAGACAAUAGACAAUGGCACACGGAUCAGCAGUAAGACAAUGGACAGUGGCCCAGUGCGGAUAAAGUCUCGGUACAAUUCGUCGAUAAGGCAGACACUGCUGAUACUACGGUGGUCCUGUGCGAUAUGUCAUGUUGACAGCAGAUAAGAUCCCGCCGACGAAAGGCAGAAUUCCGGAACCUGGGACUCUAUUCCAGAAGUUGCUGUCCCUGAGAUUUGGAGAGGACAAAUUGAAGAAGCUGGAGUUCCUCACAGAAUUCUAUUUUCACUACGGAUUAUUCAAGUUUGAUUCUAAAAUUUACAUUUUCAAUUCAAAACUCGCACAACAAGCUAUCUAUAAACUAGAAAAGGGGGCUGAACAUUACUUGGAGAAUUCUCCUCUAAAGAACACGUUCCUAGGAUCAUCACAGAAAAGUCCCGAAACGCGGCGCGCCAUAGCAUCUCUGUUCCGAAAGACUUCCAUUGAAGAACGUGCAGUCAUAAUGAUGGGUGACAUACAGGAAAUGUGUAAAAAAUUCCGAGGUGAACCGAACAGUAUUGUAAAUAUUACAGAGUGGACCCUUCGGUUGGCCUUAGACAUCGUUGGCCAUGUGUUACUGGAGCUGGAUUUCCAUGGUUUAGACAAGCAACAGGAGACGAUGAUUUCUUCGAUGACAACGAUCUUACAUAGAUGUUACGCACUUAAUGAGGUACAACCAGGGAGCAAGGAGUUUUCUGAUGCAAGCGAACAAUUCGAUGCUAUCACGCAGAGAGUUUUAGAGGAAGCACUGAGCAUUGAUGACGUCGCAUUCAAGGGCAAACGAUUGGUUAAAUCAUUGCAUGAUGCAUGCGGAUUCAGCGAGGCCAAGGACAACAUGAAGUUGUUUCUGAUGGCGGGGACAGAGACCACUGCCUCCACUAUUCCAGUCGUCAUGUCUUUACUGGUCAAAUAUCCAGAAAUACAGAAUGAGUUACGACAAGAAGCAGAAACUCUCAUUAACGCAUUGGUGGCGGAUCCAACCACACGUCUACCGAAGACAGAAAGUGUCCUGAGUGAGGUACUCCGCCUGUACCCGAUCGCACCAUUCAUCAGCAGACAAAACUACGAACCGGUCACUCUUGGUGACGUCAAUCUGGACCAACACGCUGACGUCAUCAUAUUUACAUGGGGAAUUCAUCGAAGCUCACAUUUCUGGGACAGAGCAAGAGAAUUCGUCCCCUUUCGGUUUCUGAACUCCAGCAAGACUUCAGGAAACAUGUACAUCCCAUUUGGUGCAGGCUCGCGUGUGUGUAUUGGACAGCAUUUAGCCUGGUUAGAACUAAGACUCGCUAUAGCUUUCUUACUGUACCAGUUUAAGUUCGAGCAUGCGCAGGAAACACCGGAACUGAAUUUUGUGGUGGACUGGGCUCACGCUGUUGUACAUCCGGAUAAAGACAUGAUCUUUAAGAUAUCUCCAACACAGAAUAAUCCUAUCAAACUGCCAUAAUGUUAUUCUUAAAGAUUUGAAUAAAAUUGUUUUUCAAUGUGUACAUUUUGAAAUAAACGCAUUAAUG